UAUCUCCCAAAAACCAGUGCGGUAGGCGGGGCCAGGGAGAUUACUGACGCCGGAAGUCCUGUGGAGCACCUCCUCUUUAAGCCCCUCCCUCGGCAGUCGUCUAACUCAGCCUUGCAAGCUUCUCUGGCGGGCUCGGCUGAGAUCUGCUUUUUCGGCGCUCGACUCGCUCGUGCUGCAACCGCCCUCGAAGGAGGGGCAAAGCUCAAGAUGGCGGACAAAACGCCAGGCGGAUCUCAGAAGGCCAGUUCAAAGACCAGAUCAUCAGAUGUUCAUUCAUCUGGAUCGUCAGAUGCACAUAUGGAUGCAUCUGGACCCUCAGAUAGUGAUAUACCAAGUCGGACACGACCUAAGAGCCCAAGAAAACAUAAUUAUAGGAAUGAGAGUACCCGGGAAAGCCUUUGUGAUUCUCCUCAUCAGAAUCUCUCAAGACCUUUUCUAGAAAACAAACUUAAAGCAUUCAGUAUUGGAAAAAUGAGUACAGCUAAGCGAACUUUAAGUAAGAAAGAGCAAGAAGAAUUAAAGAAAAAGGAGGAUGAAAAGGCAGCUGCUGAGAUUUAUGAGGAAUUUCUUGCUGCUUUUGAAGGAAGUGAUGGUAAUAAAGUGAAAACAUUUGUGCGUGGAGGUGUUGUUAAUGCAGCUAAGGAAGAACACGAAACAGAUGAAAAAAGAGGUAAAAUCUAUAAGCCAUCUUCAAGAUUUGCGGAUCAAAAAAAUCCUCCAAAUCAGUCAUCCAAUGAAAGACCACCAUCUCUUCUUGUGAUAGAAACCAAAAAACCACCUCUUAAGAAAGGGGAGAAAGAAAAGAAAAAAAGCAAUUUGGAACUCUUCAAAGAAGAAUUGAAACAAAUUCAAGAAGAGCGUGAUGAGAGACAUAAAACAAAAGGCAGGUUAAGUCGAUUUGAGCCGCCUCAGUCAGAUUCUGAUGGUCAGCGUCGUUCUAUGGAUGCGCCUUCAAGAAGAAAUAGAUCAUCUGGUGUUCUUGAUGAUUAUGCACCUGGCUCACAUGAUGUUGGAGAUCCAAGUACUACUAAUUUAUACCUUGGAAACAUAAACCCACAGAUGAAUGAAGAAAUGCUGUGCCAAGAAUUUGGAAGAUUUGGACCAUUAGCCAGUGUGAAAAUUAUGUGGCCGAGAACUGAUGAAGAAAGAGCAAGAGAGAGAAAUUGUGGCUUUGUGGCCUUUAUGAAUAGAAGAGAUGCUGAAAGAGCUUUAAAAAACUUAAAUGGAAAGAUGAUUAUGUCUUUUGAAAUGAAGUUAGGUUGGGGUAAAGCUGUGCCUAUUCCUCCACAUCCAAUAUACAUUCCGCCUUCAAUGAUGGAACAUACACUUCCCCCACCUCCGUCGGGACUGCCUUUUAAUGCGCAGCCUAGAGAGCGGUUAAAAAACCCCAAUGCUCCCAUGUUACCGCCACCUAAAAACAAGGAGGAUUUUGAGAAGACUCUGUCGCAAGCCAUAGUCAAAGUGGUUAUCCCAACAGAAAGGAAUUUACUCGCCCUGAUACAUCGGAUGAUAGAGUUUGUUGUACGCGAAGGGCCAAUGUUUGAAGCUAUGAUUAUGAACAGAGAAAUCAAUAAUCCUAUGUUCAGAUUCUUAUUUGAAAACCAGACACCAGCCCAUGUUUACUAUAGGUGGAAGCUUUAUUCUAUUCUGCAGGGAGAUUCUCCAACUAAGUGGCGGACAGAAGAUUUUCGCAUGUUCAAAAAUGGAUCUUUUUGGAGGCCACCACCAUUAAAUCCAUACUUGCAUGGGAUGUCAGAAGAGCAAGAAACAGAAGCUUUUGUAGAGGAGCCUAGUAAAAAGGGAGCACUUAAGGAAGAACAGAGGGACAAAUUAGAAGAAAUCCUGCGGGGGUUGACUCCAAGGAAAAACGAUAUUGGGGAUGCAAUGGUUUUCUGUCUUAAUAAUGCUGAAGCUGCUGAAGAAAUAGUGGAUUGCAUUACUGAGUCAUUGUCCAUCUUAAAGACUCCCCUUCCCAAAAAGAUUGCCAGAUUGUAUUUGGUUUCUGAUGUUUUGUACAACUCUUCAGCCAAAGUUGCCAAUGCUUCAUAUUAUAGAAAAUUUUUUGAAACAAAGUUAUGUCAGAUAUUUUCAGACCUCAAUGCUACCUAUCGUACAAUUCAAGGCCAUUUACAGUCUGAAAACUUUAAGCAACGGGUAAUGACCUGCUUUAGAGCAUGGGAAGAUUGGGCAAUUUAUCCAGAACCAUUUUUGAUCAAAUUACAAAAUAUUUUCUUAGGCCUUGUAAAUAUUAUUGAAGAAAAGGAAACAGAGGAUGUACCAGAUGACCUUGAUGGUGCCCCCAUUGAGGAAGAGCUUGAUGGUGCACCUCUAGAAGAUGUGGAUGGAAUUCCUAUUGAUGCUACUCCUAUUGAUGAUCUUGAUGGAGUUCCUAUAAAGAGUCUUGAUGAUGAUCUUGAUGGAGUGCCUUUGGAUGCAAGUGAAGACUCAAAGAAGAAUGAGCCUAUAUUUAAAGUUGCCCCAUCAAAGUGGGAAGCUGUGGAUGAAUCUGAAUUGGAAGCACAGGCUGUAACAACUUCUAAAUGGGAGUUAUUUGAUCAGCAUGAAGAAUCAGAAGAAGAAGAAAAUCAAAAUCAAGAAGAAGAAAGUGAAGAUGAAGAAGAUACUCAGAGUUCCAAAUCUGAAGAACACCAUUUGUACUCUAAUCCAAUUAAAGAAGAAAUGACUGAGUCCAAGUUCUCGAAGUACUCUGAAAUGAGUGAGGAAAAACGAGCUAAACUUCGUGAAAUUGAGCUCAAAGUCAUGAAGUUUCAGGAUGAAUUGGAAUCUGGGAAAAGACCUAAAAAGCCAGGCCAGAGCUUUCAGGAGCAAAUAGAACACUACAGAGAUAAACUUCUUCAACGAGAGAAAGAGAAAGAAUUAGAAAGAGAAAGAGAAAGAGAUAAGAAAGAUAAAGAAAAAUUGGAAUCUCGAUCCAAAGACAAGAAGGAAAAAGAUGAAUGUACCCCGACAAGGAAAGAAAGGAAAAGGCGACACAGUACAUCCCCAAGCCCGUCUCGCAGUAGCAGUGGUAGACGCGUGAAAUCCCCAUCACCAGAAUCGGAGCAUUCAGAGCGUUCAGAAAGGUCUCAUAAAGAGAGCUCACGGUCCGGGUCAUCUCACAAAGAUUCUCCUAGAGAUGUUAGCAAAAAGGCCAAAAGAUCACCAUCUGGCUCAAGGACACCUAAAAGAUCUAGGCGAUCACGGUCUAGAUCCCCUAAAAAAUCAGGGAAGAAAUCCAGAUCCCAGUCCCGAUCUCCUCACAGGUCUCAUAAAAAGUCAAAGAAAAACACUGAUGUAAAUUUUUAAGAUGCUGUCACUUACUGGAAAUGCAAUUUUGUUUUGUGCCUGAAUGGUCUUUUAAAAAAAAAAAAAAAACGAAUGAAAGAGCAUUCCUGGGGUUUUUGUUUGUUUUUUGUGAAUGCAUGUGUAAACUCAUGAGUAACUGCAUCUGUAGACCUGUCAUUGUUUUAUAUUGUAAAAAUUACUUGCGUUGUGGCUGUUUCUCAAGAUGAAAUUUUUAUUGUGCUAAUGAAUUUUGUCAGAAAUGUGUAUAAUGGAUCUGCUGGCAGUAGUGGUAUUUUGUUUUAGGAUGUUGUGACUUAGCAAAAAUAAUACAGACGUCUUUCCCCUUUUUGUAGCUUUGACAGUUUGAAUUAGAUUUCAAAUAAAAUCUGAACAGAAAACUAUAAUGCUAUUUUUUUGCCCUAUUGGUGACAUCAAGUCCCUUAAAGUCCUACUGAGUUUAGCUUUUUGUGUUUCUUAGACCCAAUGCACUUUACAAGCUUUGUUGUUUGAAUAGCUAAAGUUUUAUAUUGACUAAGAUGGCUAUCAAAAUUAAGGGACCUGAGACUCCAAUUUGGUAGGUUUGCCAACCAAUUUCUUUGAUAAGGUUCUCUUGGAUAAUACUAGUAGUACCCAGAGAUCAAAAGACCAUGUAAACGUGGCAUGGUCUUUUGUUAAUGGGAUGCCUGGCUUAAGUAUUUUUUUCUGUUUUCAAAGAAGCAAUAUAAUUUCAAUACGCUCAGCCUAUGUCCUGAGCAACUACUUGUUUUUAGGGAGAAAUUGCGUCUCCAUCUUUUGAUUUCAUCUUCAAUCACAAAAGGUGUUUAUUUAUAAAAGAACUUUUCUAGCAAGAGUUGGCUAUAGAAUUUUUGUAUGACAUUUAUAGCCCUAUAGCCCUCUGUAGGCAAUUUUUCCUAAUACUGGUAUCAGUAUAUUUCUACAAGGUUCUGUAUAAAGUACCUUUGUGGGGGCUUUUUGGGUUUUUUUUAAACUUAGGUUUGGCUUUACAUAAAAUUUUAGUAGUUUUCAGGCAAUUUAACAUCCAAUAGUUUGUAAAUUCAAAGUGCAAAAAGUUGAUUUAAACAAUUUGCAGAGGUGGAAUUGUUAUAUAAUGGGACUAAUACUGCUACAGUAUGAGGAAGAAAUAAGCCUUGUGUAAUAUGGAUCAUAAUAGUGCUAUAAAUAUAAUGUAAUAAAGGGUUAUGUAGAUGUAAACUGA